CGGGCCGCCCUCCGCAACCGCGCGCCGCGCCCGCUCCAGCCGCCCCCGGGGCCGCCGCCGGCCCAUGAGCCCCGACCUCAAAGUUUGCGGCGGGCGGGCGGGCGCGGAGCCUCCAAGAUGCCGUUCCACCCGGUGACGGCGGCGUUGAUGUACCGGGGCAUCUACACCGUGCCCAACCUGCUGUCGGAGCAGCGCCCCGUGGACAUCCCUGAGGACGAACUGGAGGAGAUCCGCGAGGCCUUCAAAGUCUUUGACCGCGAUGGCAAUGGCUUCAUCUCCAAGCAGGAGCUGGGCACAGCCAUGCGCUCCCUGGGCUACAUGCCCAAUGAGGUGGAGCUGGAAGUUAUCAUCCAGCGGCUGGACAUGGACGGCGACGGCCAAGUGGACUUUGAGGAGUUUGUGACUCUCCUGGGACCCAAGCUUUCUACCUCGGGGAUCCCAGAGAAGUUUCAUGGCACUGACUUUGACACUGUCUUCUGGAAGUGCGACAUGCAGAAGCUGACCGUGGACGAGCUGAAGCGGCUGCUGUACGACACCUUCUGUGAGCACCUGUCCAUGAAGGACAUCGAGAACAUCAUCAUGACGGAGGAGGAAAGCCACCUGGGCACAGCUGAGGAGUGCCCCGUGGACGUGGAGACCUGCUCCAACCAGCAGAUCCGCCAGACGUGCGUGCGCAAGAGUCUGAUCUGCGCCUUCGCCAUCGCCUUCAUCAUUAGCGUCAUGCUCAUCGCAGCCAACCAGGUGCUGCGCAGCGGCAUGAAGUAGGCGCACGCGGUGCAUGGGGCCCCCUCUGCGCCCGCCACCGCCUGCAGUCCCCUCCCUCACUCGGCUCCCUGGGCCACCGCCGCGUGUACUUCAGGUCCUGGACAUCUGGCAACCCCACCCCACCCACCCUGUGGGCUCUGCAUGGAGCUGUGGCCUGGCUGUGGAGGGCCUGGUGGUGGCUCUUGAGGGCAGCCCCCAGCCCCGCCUCCACCUUGCCCAUCCUGGCCCGAAUGUAGCACUCACUCUUCCCACCGUCCAGGGGCUCCUGGGAAGUUUAGUCCUGUAGCUGCUGUGGGCACUUAGGCAGGAAGGAGGACCCUGUGCCCAGGGUCACACAGCCAGCCCGACUGUGGUCCCUGACAUUUGCCCAGGGCUGUGGGCAGGGUGGAGAUGGGGGCAGAAUGCUUCCUCUUGGAGAGGGGGUGAGGCUGGGGUUUCCUGGGCCCUAUUCCCUGGCCAAGUCUGGGAAGGCCUCUGGCCUUCUGUGGGGUCCCUUUCUCUGACCCUCCUUAGACUCAAACCCAGCCUUCCUCCAUGUACCCACUGGGGCCAAAGAAUUUGCCCAUUUCAGAGAGGAGGACCCUGAGACUCAGAGGGCCCCCAGAUUUGGCUUCAGAACCCCCUUCAGGGAUUUUCAGGAAGGGCAGAAGCGCAUGGCAGAUGGGGCAUCUGAGGUGGCCCUGCAGUCUCUCUACCCUCUGAGCCCCCUCAUCAGAGGCCCACUGGCCUGAGGGCCACAUUGCCCAUCACCACCCAGCACAGAAUCUAGAACUGGAGUGCAGUGAGGAGGGAAGCAGACCAGGGGGCGGGAGUUUCCAAAUCUCCUGAGCAGCCUGUGCAACCUUCCCGUUGCAGGGGGCUCUUCUGGGGCAGAAGCCCUGGGAGGGGCCCUGUGUCACGCUGGGCUAAGGGGCUGGUGUAGCCCAGCACUGUCGGUGCCAGGAAGCUCAGCCAGGCCACUCCAAGUCCGGGGCCUGUCCACCUGGGGCCCCCAACUUCUCUACACCAUCUAGGCCAGAGACACAGCUCCCACCAAGCCCCACGUUCGGGCACCAGCUCAGCAUGGGCAGACAUGGGGACAGGGACAGCAGACUGGGUCCUCGAGCUCCUCUCCCACACCCGGAGUCACUUAUCACAGCCACACUGGCGCACUGUCUGCGCAGCUGUGCUGAGCCUCUGCCGGCCCUCCAGGGAGACGGGCAGCAAGCACUCAUCGCCCUGCAGAGGACGUCACCUACUCCAGUCCUGCCUGUCCUCCAACCAGGGGCCAGGGCACAGAGCUGAGGGCGCCGGGCAAGGAGGAAGCCACAUCACCAUGGUGAAAGACUUUCUUUAUAAACAUCCGGAAGGAAGUUUUCUCACCCAUCUUCUCAAGAUGUCCCAUGAGGGAGGGAGGGAGGGUAGAGCUGCCUGGAGCAGAGCUAGGACCAGGGCUGUACCUGGUAGGGAGACUCUGGGGCCUCAGUCAAGCCAGGCCAAGCCAAUGGUUUCAGAGCCUCCACAGCGUGCAGCGGGAGCGGGCCUCGGUGUCCCCAGUAUGAGCCCUUAUCUUUCUCGUGACUGACACAAACGCUGACCAGAUGGGGGUCAGAUGAGGAUGAGGGGCUCAGCCCCACUGGACGCUGGGCUGCAGGGGCCACCCCCCGGGUGGGGGUGCCCGCAGGGAUGGAGGCAGCUCCUGGACUGGUGGCCAGCCUAUGGGGUACUGGAAGAUGGUGUUUCUCAUGGGCUCGGCCCUAGAGAGAAGGAGAAAGGCAGAGAAUUAGAAUGGGGCACAGUCCAGGCCCAGGCUGGGGCACCUUCCCCCAGCUCCCCCUCCUUAAGACCCCAGCUAUGGAAAAGGUCAGCUGCUUGCAUGACCUUUCUGGAAGGCAGAGCCUCAAAAACAUGCAGACCCUCUGAGCCAGCAACUUCACCUCUAGGAAGGAGCCCAAGGAAAUAGCAGAGCUGUGGGCAGAGACUGAGCUACAAGAAAGGGAAAUAACCUGUGUCCACCUGUGGGGGAUUGAUUAAAUACACAUGCACGUCCACAGCUGAGAAUGCUAUGCAGCCUGCAUAAACUUUAAGGCAGACUUAUAUGCACUGAUAAGGAAAGGUAUCAUGAUGUACUGUGUGAGUAGAGAGAAAAAGCAGCUUAUAAAAUAAUGUAUAUAGCAUGAUACUAUUUUUGUUUAAAGAUAUAUAACAUAUAUAAAUGCAUAAAAAAAAAACCCUGGAAGACACAGCAAAA